AUGCACAUAACCCUCGCUCAUGUCGGUAUCGCAGGACCUGUUUACCGCUCUGGCCCAAACGAGCUGUCUUUCGAAAGCCUCGAAAGCCUGCAAGAUAUCUACACAGCUAAGCCUGGGGUGAUAGGCAAGCCGGAUAUUUGGAAGUGCUUGAGUGUCGAUACCUCUGCCCCGAACAUCCUGAGUACGGUAAAUGACGAAGAGCAUAGGUUUAAGCACCAGACAAUCUCGACCAUGUUUUCUUCGCACACGAUGUGUCGCAAUGAAGACCGAAUGAAGCCUUAUAUUGACCAUUUUGUUGACCUUCUUGGGGCACCCGGCCAAGAUUUGCAGGAACUGUGUAAUUGGCUUUCAUUGGAUAUAAUCAGUGACCUCCUUUACCAUGACUCGUUCAAUAUGCUGAAGUCUGCGGAGCUUCGCUGGAUAAUGGCGGCCUACAGAAUCAUGUCUCGAUGGGCUAUGACCUGCAUGGUACAGCCCAAGUCUAGAUGUCUGAUUUACCUACACUACUUUGUACCCAGUUUUAGGUCCAUUGUCAAACUGGGUCAGUGGAUGCGGGACAAAUCCAUUAGACACAUCGCAGCAGCAGCAAAAAAUGACGACCUUUUCGCAUUCUUCUGCAAAGCCGAAAACAAGAAAAGUGACUUCAAAUACGACAAGAAGAGUAUAUGGACCGAAAGUGUUUUGCUACUAGCGGCAGGCUCCGAUACGACGUCAACAACAAUGGCUGCUAUUUUUUUCUACCUUUAUCAUAACCGAAAGGCCCUCGACAAGCUGACCAAGAGUUUGCGUAGCGAGUUCAAAGAUGAAAGCGAGAUCUCAGGUUCCAAGCUAGCAAAGUGCAUCUACCUGCAAGCAUGUAUUCGAGAGGCUAUGCGGCUGGUUCCAGCCGUUUCCAACUUGUCGCCCCGCGUGGUACACGCUGAAAUGACCACAAUAGAUGGCUAUUUUGUCCGGAAGAAUACACACGUGGGCGUCUCUCUCAGCUCCUACAACCGAAAUCGGGCCAUUUUUGAGAGGCAAGACGAAUUUCUGCCAGAAAGGUGGAUAUCAGCUGAUGGGGAACGAUUGAAGUUGGACCUCUUCAAGUCAUUUGGAGAUGGCCGCCGCCGCUGUGCGGGAAUGAAUCUAGCAUUGCUAGAACUGGCACUUGUCGUCGCUCGCGCCCUUUUCAGAUACAACGUGUCACUGCCCUCGGUGUGUCACCUGAGCGGAGAUCUGGGAGGAACUGGGAAAGGCAGCCAUGCUUUUGCUUUUGAUGCUUGGAUAGUAGCUAGUGGCAGAGUCGGCCAGAUUAAGUCCGACUGCUUUGUUCAAAGAGACCAGCGUGACUGA